AUGGAUAGUCCGAAUAAUUCGAUGACAAUCCCUCUCAAGCCAGAGGACUAGGAGAUCUAGAUGCUGGUGAUGAGUAAACUAAUGCCUCAUGAAUAUCUUGAAAUCAGAAGAAGACCUCGAGCUUAGAGCCUUAGCGGAGGAGGCAACGGUAGAAAUGGCGGACUUCUGAGAGAAUACUUGCUUUCAAGUAGAUAUGAUGGGAAUAUACCAGAGGGCAGCAAGCAAUACAAGCUAAUCUGGUUUGUGUUGCUAUAUUAUAUGUCUUUCUACCUAAUCUGCACAUUUUCCUCCCUCAUUAUCAAGGGAGUUGCUAAUGCUAACAGUGAAACCAUGCCUCCUGAAGUGGCUUAGAAAUGCCCAAUGAACCUGAACAAGUGGUACUCAGUGCAGUAGAUAUUAUUUGCACUUGCCCCCUUUCCCAUAUAUUACAGUGUGAAACUGAUUAUCAGAGAUAGACAGAUUCAUUAUCUGUACAAAGAAAGAUUGGAUCGUAAUGGAAAUAUAAGAAGGACAUUCAUCUUCAGUACAGUGGGAAUCGGUAGCAAAAUAGUGCUAGGAUUCCUAGACAUUUUACAUCUGGUCCAAUCAAUCACAGCCACAGCAAACUACUUGAACAAUAGAGAGGAUAUUCUUGAAUACUGUGCGCCCUACAACCCUGUGAUGAAUUUUAUGCUUUUGUUCUACACUUCUAUUGGGCUUUUGAGCUUUCCAAGGUUCAUUAUUCUCAUCUAUUUCUUUGUUUGGAGAGUCAGAGGCCUAAAUGUAAAUUAAGCAAGAAUGAGUGCAAAUGAAACUGAACCUUAAAUCUAAAGUUUCAAAUUUCCAAUCAUAAAGUAUGAAAACCUUGAGUCUGAAAUCCGAUAGUUCUCAGCCAUUUCUUAACCCAACUAAACCCAAGAAAUUACCGAGGAAGAAAAAGAUAAUGAAAAUCAGUUCCUUGAGUCAACCUCCCCUCCACGCUUAUUAUAAAAACAGAUUAAAUACAAUGAUAAUCGGAUCGAUAAUUAAAACAAAAGAAUCAGCAAAGAUGAGAUCAUAUCAGACAGCUGCCCGAUUUGUUGUGAGGCUUUUGGCAAUAGUGACAAGAUUAGCUUUUUACCCUGCAAUAUCAAGCAUAUUUAUCAUACUAAUUGCAUCUAGAUGUGGCUUGGCAAACACAACACAUGCCCUCUUUGCAAGCAUGAAGUUAUAAAAGUUUCAUAUAGAUGA